CCUCGUGCAGUGAAGUGGUAGUGCGCUGUUCAGCAGCUCGUUCACUCGGCGUGUAGUUCUAGUUUGAAGAGGAUUAAAACACCUGUCCUCUACGUGCACGGCAUCAGAUAUUCUUCAGGGUAUAGUCGAUCUAAUCAAGAUGGGUGACAUGAGUCCCAUGAUCUCCAGUCCACUCUUGAACGCUGAGAUUAACUCUCUGACGAACGGCGUCUCGCCUCACUCUUACAACCCCACUGAACUCGAAGAAGAUUCUACUACAGCCAGCAGCCUUUAUCUUAUCAAUCAGAUAGCUUCAUCGCUAUCUAAUCCACAGACAACUAACUCGCCCUUUGCCCCUCUUGACGGCCAUCACGAAACUUCACUUAGACCUUCUCUGUCGUACGAUAAACACACGCGUCGUGGUUCUGCUUCCGACGACGACUCUCUUGCCUUUAUUCCUAGUUAUAAACGAGUGUCUAAGCUUAAUAAGAGAAAUCCUGUGAUAUCGUGUAUGCUAGAAGAAAAUCCGCAAUUCCUAAACGAAUCUGUGUUCUCUGAUAAACUUUCCGAUUGCUCCAUAAUUCCCAAAUCUGAUGUGUCCUGCGUAAAUACGUAUGAAUCUGCCCUCAAAACGUCCAAACACAUAAAUCAUGAGAUAGAAUCAACGAUCGCUGACCAGCAAGUGGAUUUAAAAGUUGUUGAGCAUCAAACCGAAGCCAGUACGCAUGGAAUCUUCACUGAUGGCUUGAAGAAUGCAUCAACUCUGGCCGAUUGCACUCCUAAAAAAUCAGAAUUUCAGCAUGACUCUGAUCCAUUCACAUCUGACCGGGAAAGCAUCGUCGAACCUGCAAUCCUAAAUCUUCCUGUCACGACCCCUCGAAAAAACUCAUUUAUAUCAGACCCCCUUGGGCUUGGGGCGUCUCCACAGAACAUGGAGGUUACCUACAGCCAUCCACCGUUGUCCCACACGACCUCCUCGUCAUCUGGGCGCAGUGCAUUGGACGAUGAAGGCGACUCCUCCAUCCUACUGAUCGAGAAGAGGUCCUUCCGGCCCUUCAAGAACCCUGAAGACUACCUCUAUGCCAUGCGAGAAGACCUGGCCGAGUGGCUCAACUGCAUGUAUGAGCUCGACAUCAAUGCUGAUAAUUUCUUCGAGAAGCUCGAAACUGGAGAGAUUCUUUGUCAGCACGCAAACUCCGUACGCGCGGCCGCAGAGGAGGCCGCCCGCAACGGCCGCAGCCUCUCCGGCCGCUGGACGGUCCCUCUCACCGACGUCGUCUGGAGGCCCAGGGUCGAGCCUGGCUCCUUUAGGGCCAGGGACAACGUUUCCAACUUCAUCAGAUGGUGCAGGUUGUUGGGCAUCCACGAGGUGUUGCUGUUCGAGACGGACGACUUGGUGCUGCGCAAGAACGAGAAGCACGUCAUUCUUGCCCUGCUCGAGGUCGCCAGAAUGGGAUACAAGGUCUCCAUGCUGAGGAAGGAAGACGCUGCUCAUUAUGAGCUGCCACCGAACACUUGCGCUGUUCCUGCGCGGCUGUCGUCCCUUGCUCCAGUUGCGUCGUCGCGUGCGCCAUUGGAAAGCUCAGCGAUGUGGGUCACUUACGCUGCGGUCGCCAGCAGCGCCGUGCGGUUGGUCAUCAUCAAGUUUACGCUCAAAUAG